AUGUAUAAAAAGCACAUGCGCGUAGGCGAGGGCACGCCAUUUUCUCUUCAACGCCAGGACGAGGUUCCUGUGUCACCAUGGGCCGCCGUCCAGCCCGCUGUUACCGGUAUUGUAAGAACAAGCCGUAUCCCAAGUCUCGCUUCUGCAGAGGUGUCCCUGAUGCCAAGAUCCGCAUCUUUGACCUGGGCCGGAAGAAGGCAAAAGUGGAUGAAUUCCCCCUGUGUGGCCACAUGGUGUCCGAUGAAUACGAGCAGCUCUCCUCUGAAGCACUGGAGGCCGCCAGAAUUUGUGCCAACAAGUACAUGGUGAAAAGCUGUGGAAAAGAUGGUUUUCACAUCCGUGUGCGGCUCCAUCCCUUUCAUGUCAUCCGCAUCAACAAGAUGCUGUCCUGUGCUGGGGCUGACAGGCUGCAGACCGGGAUGCGAGGUGCCUUUGGGAAGCCGCAGGGGACGGUGGCGAGAGUUCACAUCGGGCAGGUCAUCAUGUCCAUCCGCACGAAGCUUCAGAACAAGGAGCAUGUGAUUGAAGCCCUACGCAGAGCCAAGUUCAAGUUUCCAGGCCGCCAGAAGAUCCACAUCUCCAAGAAGUGGGGCUUUACCAAGUUUAAUGCUGAUGAAUUUGAAGACAAAGUGACUAAGAAGCGCCUGAUUCCUGAUGGUUGUGGAGUUAAAUAUGUCCCUAAUCGUGGCCCCCUGGACAAGUGGCGAGCUCUGCAUUCUUGAAAUUUUUGAGACACUGCCUCCUUUGACCAUGCUGGUCUGAUUUAUGUUCAGCAAUAAAGUCUGUUUUAUGUUCUGUUUUAAAUUCUGAUUUAUGUUCAUCAAUAAAUUCUGGCAAAAAAAUUAGUUAUUGUUAAUACUUUAAAUGUUUUAAAAAUAUCCAAUUUUUUUGACUAUAGACUACUACUAGAGAAAUGUUCAGAAUAAACACUAGAAAGUUUUAACAGUAAUAGUUAAAGUGAGGAUGAAAUGUGUAGGGGAUUAAUAGAGAAAGCUAUGUAAUGCUAAUGCAAACACUUUAACUUGGGCGUCUAGGGAAAUACAUCAAAACUUUUAUUUGUAGUAAAGUCAUAUAUUAUGCAACUUUCUUGAAAUUGAAUAAAAACCCGAGAAAAUCCAAGAUUUGUAGGGAACAAAUGCUGUUUAUAGAAAAUAGACAUUAAAGAUGAAAAUAAUGGCAGACAUUAAUGAUAUUCCAACUAUAGACUCUUUGAAACUGAAAUAAAUAGGUUCUUAAAACUGUUGCUUAUGGUUUCUUAUAAAUGCUUGCACAUUAUUUUUAGAAAUACCUAUCAUCUCCAAUUAUCAAUUUUAGGACAAUUGGACAUCGCUGCAAGAGGUUUUUCAAGGCAAACCUUACAUUAUCUGGCCCUCGCGAGAAAAGAGUGUAAUCUUUCUUCAUCACCAAAAGGUUACAGGUUGACAACAGAGUUUAUAUUGCUUGUACCUGAGUCCCAACAGAACCAACAGAACAGGAAAAAAUGACACUAAAUCAGCUAUCACUGAUCUAAAAGGACCCCAGAGAGAGUUUGCAAUCUGUAGGUAUGUGCCCUACAUUAGAGUUAAUCUUGAUUACAAAGGUGGGAGUUUGUUUGCUUUAAAAUUCUUGGGUCUAUAUGACAUUUUUUAAUUCCAGUUCUUUAAGUUUAGUUUUCCAAAUCCAAAUUCUGCAGUGUUUUUCUUAAAUGAACUUAAUCAUUACAAGUCAACAUAUUUAAUAAAAGCAACAGUAUUAAACAAUGUGGAAACAAUUACUUUAAAAAUUAUUUUCAUUUAAAUCCUUUGUCAAUCCUAAAUGCUUGUCAAUCCUAAAUACCUGGAUAUUUCCUUCAGGCACUUAUUAUAUAAUAAUUCCUACUUGUAUAUUUUUAAAUGAAGUUGCUGUUUUAAGCUAUAAUAUUUUUCUUUUUAUGUAUAAAUUGGAAAGAGAACAAAAACUAAAUAAUAUGAAGAUAUAGAAGAGCACU